UGACCAAGAAUCCUACGUUCUACCUGUUCCCAGCGUGUCCAGAAAGCUGACACACUUAUCAAGCCGCCAUGGCCGACCCAUCUACUUCUGUCCCUCCUUUGUCAGUUCCCCAACUAUUAGGUGGAGAGUUCGUGGCGAUCUGCCUUGCUUUCAUAUUGUAUGGGGUAGCCACUGCGCAGGCAUACGUAUACUUACACAGCUGCAAGAAGGAUUCCCGGUGGUUGAAAUCGUUAGUAGGAGCAGUAUGGAUCUUUGAAACGGCGCAGAGUGCCUUCGUCCUUAGGUAUGUAUACGCUGUAGCGAUCAUCGGGUUUGGUGACUAUGUCGCUAUAUCCAAAAUCGACUGGAGCAUGGGUCUUGUGAUCUUUACGGAGACAGCGAUCAUUGCACUAGUCGAAGGGUAUUACAUUUGGCGUAUCUGGAUUCUUAGUGACAGAUCACGCGUCCUCACGGCUCUUCUUACCAUUCUUCUGGUCGGCCGACUGGGUUUUACAACGGCCACAGGCAUCUUUUGCCUUCUGAUGGGAACUUGGAUCAAGUUUGAAGCCACCUGGGUGUCCUCGUUCUCGGUAUUAAUGACGAACAGCCUCUCUGCUGUCGUUGACGGACUGAUGGCAAUAUCAAUGAUUGUUUUACUGCGACGUGCAAAAGUGGGAUUCAACGACAAGCUGGACGGCGUCCUUAGAUGGAUCAUGAUGUAUGCCGUCAACACAGGCGCUAUCAGCAUGUGUGUGUCAAUCGCCGUUGUAAUCACGUACAAGACAUUGAAGAACAAUCUCGUGUUUGGUGGACUAGCCAUACUGACAGGAGAACUUUAUGGCAAUGCGUUACUCGGCAUGCUUAAUGCAAGACACCUCAUGCGCAACAGAAUGACAAUGAGUGUAAACCCCGAAGAGCUCAAAUUCAAUCCCACUUCUGCAGGUUCAAGGGCUCCGUCGGUAGUGACUUUCAAGACUAUGGACCAGAGGAUGCCCAAAAGUCUUCAAUCGGAUGCAAGAUCCAUCACUCCUGAACAUGAUCCUAUCGAAAUGCCUUCAUUACCCAAGUUAACUGCAGUUCGGCAUUCCAGAUGUCAGAGUCAUGGGGAUGUCAAUGCGGUGUAGGAUUGCUGCACAUUUUGUAUGCCUGUAGUUGCCAGUUUCAUCUCACAAACACCGUUACUCCGAGAUGGAGGAAGAAAUCGAUGCAUUCGCUGAGAAAAUAACGGGUCAUGUUUAUG